AGAAGAUUACUACUGUGCAAGAUGAUGGAGUUUUAGAUAGUGGAUGGUAUAGGCUGGGCUGUAGUCUGGGCGUAUGGUGGACUGGAUGGCAUCCCAGAAACAACUAUCUCGUUAACAUUGCUAAUAGGAGACAAAACAUAGACAAAGAGUGCCGAUAUUUAUGCAAACAAUGA